UACCAAUUUCUGCCUCUACAAAAUCCAAAUAAUCCCAUCUAAUCUCUCCAUUUAUGGCUUUUUUUAUAGUCGCUGUUUAUUUAUCAUUUUUGCUUGCAACAACCUUUGAAGCUGCUAAAGCUCAGCCUGAUGCAAAUAUGAUAGGAUUGGGUGCUACACUUUAUCCUAGCAGUCAACCUUGGUACUCACCUUCCAAAAGGUUUGCAUUUGGAUUUUUUCCAGAAGGGAGUGGCUUUAGAGUAGGAAUUCGGAUAGUUGGAAGUGCCAAUAAUGUCACCGUGUGGACUGCCCAAAGGGAUGAUCCAGCUGUGUCGUCGAGCUCAAGUCUUGGUUUCAUCGAUGGAAAGCUUCAGUUGAAAUAUGAGCAAGGUCAGCUUCACACAAUUGCUGAUCCUUCAAAACCUGCGAGCUAUGCUUCCAUGCUUGACUCUGGAAAUUUUGUGCUCUAUGAUCAAUAUAAAAGUAUUAUAUGGGAGAGCUUCAUAUUUCCAACUGAUACCAUAUUAGGCGGCCAGGCACUUGACCCUGGAAAAGAGUUGAUCUCUAGUUUGUCUCCAAUCGACCACCCGUCAGGUCGAUUUCAUCUGAAAAUGCAGUAUGAUGGAAAUCUUGUUGCAUAUCCUGCCGACUCCGCAGAUGACUCGGUAGAUUCCUACUGGAACACGGGGACUAUGAAUAACCCCAAGACUAAGCUGAUUCUUACUAAUGUCACCGGCAAAUUAUUACUGGCUGAUGCUACUGGUACCUCAGUGAUACAACCUGUGGCAUCACCACUUUCAAGGGUAAACGGAAGUCUUUACCGUGCAACACUUGGUUAUGAUGGAAAUUUUAGAUUGUUUUCUCAUAGCUUUGAUGCAGAGGGAAAAUCUAAUAUGUCGACAGAGUGGGAAGCAAUUGCUGAUCUCUGUGACGUGAAAGGUUUCUGUGGCUAUAACAGUUAUUGCAGUAGGAUUGAUGGCGAACCCCAGUGCUUCUGUAUGCCAGGUUACAGUUUCACAGACCUCAACGAGACAAGUGGUGGCUGUGAGAGGAACUUCACUGGGAGCAAGUGCAUUUUAGGCAAGGAAGAUGCCUCCCAUAUUAACAUGACUUCUCUGAAUGUAGGGUGUGAUGAUCGGCCUUAUUUUCUAGCGCCCAUGCGCGAGAAGGAAGAUUGCAAUCAUUCCUGCUUGGAGGACUGUGAUUGUGAUGCAGCUAUAUAUUCUGAACCCACUUGCUCUAAAUACAAGCUUCCACUCAAGUAUCUCAAGAAUACAACUGGUACCGUACCAUCUAUUGCUUUCUUCAAGCUGUCUAUUGACAUUAGCAGAAGUCUGAACGGUGAUACUCAGAAACAGCCGUGGUCAACUAUCCUUGCUCUAAGUCUGAGCUUCGUAACAUAUUCCUGCAUCAUCCUUGCAGUCUUCACUAUCUUCAUCUUUAAGUUCCGUAUCUUGAAGUACAGAAAACUACUUUUUGAGACCAGAACAACUGGCUUAAUGAAGGGAUUCACUCUUCGAACAUACACUUACAAUGAGCUAAAGAAGGCUACCAAGGGGUUCAACCAGGAAUUAGGUAGAGGCGGAUUUGGAGCAGUUCACAAAGGCACUUUUGACAAAGGCAGAAGCUUUGUGGCGGUGAAAAGAUUAGAGAAGGUGGUCGAAGAGGGUGAAAGAGAGUUCCGAGCUGAAAUGAGGGUAAUUGGCAGAACUCGACACAGGAAUUUGGUCCGCUUGCUUGGAUACUGUAUUGAGGGAUCGAAGAGGCUUUUGGUUUACGAAUAUAUGAGCAAUGGUUCCCUCGCUGAUCUUCUCUUCAAAGGACAAUGGCGUCCGAAUUGGGAUGAUAGAGUUCGGAUUGCACUAGACGUUGCCAGAGGCAUACUCUAUCUCCACGAGGAGUGCGAGUCUGCAAUAAUUCAUUGUGACAUAAAGCCUCAGAACAUCUUACUUGACGAAUCUUGGAGGGCAAAAAUCUCAGAUUUUGGUAUAGCUAAAUUACUAAUGCCGGAACAAACGAGAACAAACACUCAUGCCAGGGGGACAAGAGGGUAUAUCGCACCAGAAUGGUUCAAAAACGUUCCCAUAUCCGUGAAGGUGGACAUUUACAGCUUUGGAAUAGUUCUACUGGAAAUUGUUUGCUGCAGAAAGAACUUGGCAUACAACCUGUCAAGGCCGGAAGAAACCCUGCUGCCUGCCUGGGCUUAUAAGUGCUUUGAGGCCAACGAGCUGGGCAAACUCAUCAGAGGCGAAGAGGUAGACAGGAGGACCUUUGAGAGAAUGGUUACAGUUGCAUUAUGGUGUAUUCAGGAUGAACCGGCUCUUCGAUUUCCAAUGAAGACGGUGAUGAUGAUGCUGGAGGGGAUCAUUGAUGUACCUAUUCCACCAUGUCCAUCGGAUGAAUUCAGCGUCCAUUACUAAAAUUGUUGCUAUCAUUUCUCAUUUGGUGCAUCUUUCCAAUAAUACAUAAAUGCACUAGCACUAGAUCAGAUGCUGCAGCAACUUCUUCCUGAUAUAAAGAUCUUUCUGUUUGAAAAGAAGAAUGUUGAUCAAUAG